CUGUCCAGGGGUCGUAAGUGUAAGCCCAUCUUUGUGCAGAUAGCCCGUCAGGUGGUCAAGCUGAAUGCGUCUGACCUGCGACUGCCGUCCAGGGCCUGGAAGGUCAAGCUGGUGGGGGAGGGGGCCGACGAUGCUGGAGGGGUGUUUGAUGACACCAUCACUGAGAUGUGUCAGGAGUUGGAGACGGGAGUAGUGGAUCUCCUCAUCCCCUCCCCCAACGCCACAGCUGAGGUGGGCUACAACAGAGACAGGUUCCUGCUGAGCCCGUCAUCCUGUCUGGAUGAGCAGCUCCUCCAGUUUAAGUUCCUGGGCAUCCUGAUGGGGGUGGCUAUCCGGACCAAGAAGCCCCUGGACCUGCACCUUGCCCCCAUGGUGUGGAAGCAGCUGUGUUGUAUUCCUCUGGUCCUGGAGGAUCUAGAGGAGGUGGACCUGCUCUACGUUCAGACACUCAACAGCAUUCUUCACAUUGAAGACAGCGGCAUCACAGAGGAUAAUUUCCAUGAGAUGAUUCCUCUGGAUUCGUUCGUGGGUCAGAGUGCAGACGGUAAGAUGGUUCCUAUUAUCCCCGGGGGAAACAGCAUCCCUCUGACCUUCUCCAACAGGAAGGAGUAUGUAGCCCGGGCCAUCGAGUACCGCCUGCACGAGAUAGACAGACAGGUGGCGGUGGUGCGUGAGGGCAUGUCCUGGAUCGUCCCUGUCCCUCUCCUCUCCCUCCUCACAGCCAAACAACUGGAACAGAUGGUUUGUGGGAUGCCAGAGAUCAGUGUGGAUGUGCUCAAGAAGGUUGUGCGGUACCGUGAGGUAGAAGCGCAUCACACUCAGGUCCAGUGGUUCUGGCAGACCCUAGAGGACUUCUCCAACGAGGAGAGGGUUCUGUUCAUGCGCUUCGUCUCGGGACGGUCCAGGCUGCCCGCCAACACAGCUGACAUCUCCCAGAGGUUCCAGAUCAUGAAGGUGGACAGGCCAUAUGACAGCCUACCGACCUCCCAGACCUGUUUCUUCCAGCUGCGCCUGCCUCCUUACUCCAGCCAGACGGUGAUGGCAGAGAGACUCCGCUACGCCAUCAACAACUGUCGCUCCAUCGACAUGGACAACUACAUGUUGUCACGCAACGUAGACAACGCCGAGGGCUCGGACACCGACUACUGACCAACCACAGUCUGCCCACACACACACACACGCAACGUAGACAACGCCGAGGGCUCGGACACGGACUACUGACCAACCACAGUCUGCCCAGACCAGAUGCACCCUCACCACACACACACACACACACACACACACACACACACACACACACACACACACACACACACACACACACACACACACACACACACACACACAACGAGACCCAGGAAAGACCGGGCCUGGAUGGAAUAUAGGCUGUCCUCUCACAGACCCUCACCACACACACACACACACACACACACACACACACACACACACACACACACACACACACACACACACACACACACACACACACACACACACACAACGAGACCCAGGAAAGACCGGGCCUGGAUGGAAUAUAGGCUGUCCUCUCACAGACCCUCACCACACACACACACACACACACACACACACACACACACACACA